CCCAACUCCCCCAACUUCCCACACACACACACUCACUAUUGGUUCCUACCAACCUCUUCUUUUCCAACUUCAUUUCUUGUGGUAUUUAUUACUUUCACAUCUCAACUUUCUCUCACCCUCUAACCCCCCCUCCUCUUUCUCUUGAAUACAUAUCAAACACACACACAAAAAAAACCAACCCCUUGCUACAGAAAUUGAAAAGCAACAAACACAAACGAAAACACUCAUUCAAACACCAUGAUUUCUGUUGCUUCAUCUAUUGAGCCCCAAACCCAAGAAACACUCUCUCCUAAAAUCUCUUCCACACCAAAUCAACCUUUGGAUAAAACUACAACACCACCUUGUGUGUUCAAAUCAAAAUUACCAGAAAUACCUAUCUCCAGUCACCUACCACUCCACACCUACUGUUUCGAGCACCUCUCACAAUUCUCUGAUAGACCAUGUCUCAUCAUUGGUUCCACCGGAAAAACCUACUCUUUCGCCGAAACUCAUCUCAUUUCACUCAAAGUGGCAGCUGGGUUAUCCAAUCUUGGCAUCAAGAAAGGAGAUUGCAUCAUGAUUCUUCUCCAAAACUGCGCUGAAUUCGUCUUCUCCUUCAUUGGAGCUUCCAUGCUCGGUGCAGUCUCUACCACCGCGAACCCGUUCUAUACCUCCGCUGAAGUUUUCAAGCAAAUCACUGCUUCACGUGCUAAACUGAUCAUAACCCAGUCACAAUACGUAGACAAGCUUCGAGACCACGGUGAUCAGAAUUAUCCAAAACUCGGGGAUGAUUUUGUGGUGAUCACAGUGGAUGAUCCACCGGAGAAUUGUUUGCAUUUCUCUGUGGUUUCUGAGGCAAACGAGAACGAAAUUCCAAAAGUUGAAAUCAACCCAGAUGAGCCAGUGGCUCUACCUUUCUCUUCUGGAACCACAGGGCUUCCAAAAGGAGUAGUUUUGACUCAUAAAAGCCUGAUAACAAGUGUGGCUCAGCAAGUUGAUGGAGACAAUCCAAACCUGUACUUGAAACCAGAAGACGUGGUGCUAUGUGUGCUUCCAUUGUUUCAUAUAUUUUCACUGAACAGUGUGCUUCUGUGCUCGCUCAGAACUGGGUCAGCGGUGCUGUUAAUGCAGAAGUUUGAGAUAGGGACUUUGUUGGAGCUGAUACAGAGGCAUAAGGUGUCGAUAGCAGCAGUGGUGCCGCCGCUAGUGCUGGCGUUGGCAAAGAAUCCGAUGGUGGAGAAGUUCGACCUCAGCUCCAUUAGGGUGGUGCUUUCUGGGGCGGCGCCGCUCGGAAAGGAGCUCGUAGAGGCUCUCCAGAGUAGGAUUCCUCAGGCGAUUUUAGGCCAGGGUUAUGGGAUGACAGAGGCUGGGCCUGUGUUAUCGAUGUGCCUAGCAUUUGCAAAGCAGCCAUUUCCAACCAAGUCAGGCUCAUGUGGUACAGUGGUUAGGAAUGCAGAGCUCAAAGUCAUUGACCCAGAAACUGGUUGCUCACUUGGGUACAAUCAACCUGGCGAGAUUUGCAUUCGUGGAUUUCAGAUUAUGAAAGGAUAUUUGAAUGAUGCCCAGGCCACAGCCACCACCAUAGAUGUUGAGGGUUGGCUUCACACAGGUGACAUAGGUUAUGUAGAUGAUGAUGAGGAGGUUUACAUUAUUGACAGAGUGAAGGAACUCAUCAAAUUCAAAGGCUUCCAGGUGCCGCCAGCUGAGCUUGAGGCUCUUCUUGUAAGCCACCAAUCAAUUGCUGAUGCAGCUGUUGUCCCGCAAAAAGAUGAUGCUGCUGGUGAAGUUCCGGUUGCAUUCGUGGUGAAAUCAAAUGGCAAUGAACUUACUGAAGAGGCUGUGAAGGAAUUCAUAGCAAAACAGGUGGUAUUUUACAAGAGGCUACACAAGGUGUACUUUGUUCAUGCAAUUCCAAAGUCUCCCUCUGGAAAGAUUUUAAGAAAAGAUCUCAGAGCUAAGUUGGCUACAGCUUCCCCUAUGCCUUAGAAUUCUCUAAAUUCUGGUUUUAUCUUUCCUCAGCCAUUAUAAGUCAUCUAUCUUAGCUUUCAUGGAACAGAGCAGAUCAAAGAAACCAUUGCACAAAGUCAUCAGUCUUCUCAAGCGAUCUCCUCUCCUUCAACUUUGUAAUUUUGAUGUGUAGUCACUACAUUGUUUUUUAUAAUAAGAGUGAUCUAGAAAAUUCUUUUGGUUA